AUGCCUUUUGUGGCAUCUACAAGCAAACAACCCACUGCAGUGCUGGGCGCUGUUUCCGGUUUUUUUUUGGGGAAUGAUGAGCCUCUAGUGCUGUUGAAUCGUCUGAAUUUGGUCUCGCUUUACAGAGAGACGGAUGACACGCUCGAGCACCUUAGCGAUUAUACGUUGUUUGCGUCUCUGAAGCACAUGGAGGCGUUGCCACUAUUUGAUUCCAAAGGCUCUGGCAGGCAUGUAGUUUUUCUGUUUUCAGUUAAGCAGGGGGUCUCCAUCGUGGCAUUUGAACGCAACAGUGAGGGAGCUAUUAAAAUGGUCACCCUGUUCCACGGCGAAGUUGACACUUGCUUUUACCAGGAGCGGCCGGAUAGGGCUUUCUUAUGCUGUUCAGGGUGUUAUCAGACUCUUGGCGAUGAGAUUCUUCCUGUAGUGACGUUUUCUAUUCACAGCGGAGGUGUUUUUCUUUUCGAUGUCGCUGCCGCAAUUGCCAGCUAUGGUGGGAGGGGCAAGAAUGCGCCCCUUCUAGACAGGCUCUUUUCCCCUGACUACGCUCAAAAUGUCUUGAGAAAGCGAAAGAAGCAGACCCUUUUCACUCAAGGACACCUCAGCGCCUCAGAAUUGGAUGUCCGGAGUAUGGCCUUUGGGCCAAGCAACAAGGAAAAAAAUAGCGCUGUUCUCUAUAUUCUUUACGCGGAUGUCUCCUCCAAAACGCAUGUCUCUGUGUACUUCAUUGAUCUUGGUGUGAACGAGGGACAGAGCAGAGUACAGAAGAAGCCCAUUUGGCCGUGGUUACCAGACACGUUGGACGUAUUUCCCAGAGGAGAUAUGCUCAGAAGGAGGGACGUGUUUUUGGCAAACGUCGAAACGAAUGCAUGCCUCUUACACGUUAACGCUGAUGGCCUGUUUGUACUCGGACCUCAGCUGGUCACGUUUGUUUCUUCGAAGUCGGCAGGGAAUUCGUCAACGUUGUCUAGGCCUGUAACAACGCUGGCGUUUCCUCCUUUUAGCGCUUACGUGGAACCCGUUUGUUGCGCCUCACUUCCCACUCGAGAUUUACUGAUUUUGUUUUGGGAUGGAACAUGUAUUAAAACCACCGUAAAAGAAGAAGCGGAGGGUUUGAACCCAGGUAAAAUGGUACUGGUUAAUUCCAUCAUGUUGUCGCUACGCACCAUACCAAGCUCGCUUGUACUGCUUCCUCGAGGACACUGCGUGGUAGGCUCCCGUAUGGCGCAUACACUUUGGAUGAAGUGGUUUACAGGAGAAAGUGGUGUUUUGUUGGAAAAUUGCGGGCCAAUGUUUGACCUAACAGUGACACUCGAUGGUCCUCGUGUAAGCGUCGUUGCGAGUACUGGCGUGGGUAUGAGUGGCGGCUUAAGUCUUCAACGCUCCGCCGUGAAUGUCCGCCACGAUGCCUCCAUGGAAAAUAUUUUAGACGUUACACGAAUGUGUGCUGCCGGAGAUGUUGUUAUUCUCUCCUUUCCUGGGUAUAGCCGAGUCUGUCAGUUUCAAACAACACCAACGUUAUCUAUUAAGGAGCUUUCAGAGAGUCCGUUUGACAAAUCGAAGGAGACCUUGACACUGGUGUAUGACCUUGAGCGAGACACAUAUGUCCAAGUGACCUCAGUUGGGGUGUACGUUGUAAAGGGUGGCGGCCACGGGACGUACACGAUUCGCAACGAUGAAUUGGGCAUCCAUCACGCAAAUGCGAAUGCCCAUUUGGGAUUACUUGUUUUCUCAAGCUCACGAUACGUCUCGGUCGUGGAUCUAACAACGCUUCUUUCAAAGGUGUCAAUUGAGCUGGAAAAUGAGGUUGCAUGUGUGACGAUUACAUCCUUGUACACUUUUGCAAUUGGGGAAUGGAACUCUGGUGCCGUCUGCCUUUAUGAGUUUCAUGACGGGGAGGUUGUGUUGAAGGGUCGGAUUCUCUGCUCUGCUACCCCGUGUUCCAUGUGUGUUCUCUCACACCUUCAUACCUCACGACUUGUCGUUGGGUUACUGAAUGGAUGCAUCGCGGAUAUUCCUUUGGAGGCAAUGACGAUGGAGGGUGCUGCGCAGGAAACACUGAUUAGGAUGCAACCCGUGCAACUAUUUAAUUUGGAAGGCCAUAAUGCGGUUCUCUGCCUUGGCGAAGUCCCUCUCAUUGUUAUUCUCUGCGAUACGGGAUUUCAACUCACUGGGAUUGACUUUAAUGAUGUCGCGGUAUGUGCCGUUAUUGACAACCCUCGUAUUGCUUCCAAAUACAUGUUUUUUUCACGGAGUGAAAAUGCCCUUGUGCUUGGAAACAUUGUGGAUAUUAAAAAACUAAAUUCUCGCUUUCUUGGCCUGAAUGCCACUGUGACUCGAGUGAAGUACAUUGCGUGGUGGAACGUCUUUGUGCUCGCCGUUCGCCACAAUGAGAAAGAUCAGAUGUUGUUAUUAAUGGAGCAUGAGUUGACUAUUGCAUGGGUUCCACAAAAAGACCCCGUUGCAAUUGAGCUAUUGGAAAAUGAGCGAUGCGUUUUUAUUGAACCUGUAGUUCUUGGGGGCGCCAAUGAGUCGGCGACGGAUACCGCAAGGGAUGGAGAUAAGACACUACUCCUGGGUACCACCUUUGCGUUUCCAGAUGAGCAGUUGCCGCGGUCCAGUCGCUUCAUAUGGUAUUCGGUUGAGGAAGGCCAGUUGAUCUCCGAGCGCCCACAGCUACGCCAACUUGGUAGCAAAGACGUUGAGGGGGCACUGCAGUGUUGUUGCGUUGUUCCAAAUUAUAGUGGUCGAAUAGCCCUUGGAAUAAAUGGCUGCGUAGCGCUGUAUAGUUGGAACGCUGCGGACUUAGUUUUUGUGGCCGAAGAAACAGUUUCCGUUGGUACCAUUGUAACCCGUCUACAACCUAUAUUUCAACCAGAUGCUUCUUAUCUAGUGGCGUUUGAUGCUCGCCAGAGUUGCUUCUUUAUCCAGGUCGAUACCAUUCAGGGGAGUCUUAAGAUUGUCGCUCGUGACACAGAGCCGCGAGGAGUUAUGGAUGGUGUUGUGCUUGAGUCAGGUAAAACCCACGAUAUAUGCUUUGGCGAUGAUUACUACAAUUUUUAUUCUCUAUCUCGUGGUGCUCUGCCGUCACCGAGUUCCUCAGGUGCGGCACCAGUGGCAGUGGCACGCAGCAAACUUAAGACAAAGGCACAGUAUCACCUGGGUGACAUGGUGACGGCGAUGCAACUAGGCAGUUUUGCACCUUGUUUGCUUGAAAAUACUGCUGUUCCUGUUCACAGUACUCUCAUCCCUGGCAUUUUGGGCCCACAAAUAGUGUUUGGGACAUCUCAUGGAGCUUUUGGUACAAUAACUCCCGUAUCGAACGAAACCUAUCUUCUUCUCAAGGCCCUAGAGGUUGGUGUCGCGUCAGCAGUUCCAGCGUUGGGAGGGUUUGAGCACGCCACCUAUCGAGAGGUUCUUCGCGCCGGACAAGAACGUGGGUAUAGUCGUAAUGCCUCAUUUGAAAACGCAAACCCCGUGUCGCAGGAAGUUUUUAGGCAGCGCCGGAAACGAUAUCUGUCCAAGUGUGUCUGUAGUGGAGAUUUGAUUGAGUCUUUUUUAACUCUUCCACACGCCACUCAAGAGCGCGUAGUGCGCGAGGCUGAUCAGUGCAUUAGAGGCUGCUUUGCCUCCAUGAAGUCCACUUUAGAGGAGUUUUUGGAACACUCUGGUGUGGACAAGCAUAUUGCUGGAGAGAGUGACGUUCACCUGAACGGGUGCAUGACUGUGGAUGGCGUAAAUGCCCUAUUCUUUGAAAAGGGUUUGCCUACCCUUCCGCUAACAAGAGAGGUCGUUAAAGAUUUGCUUCAAAAGAUGCAACGAAUUUACUAG